AAACAUUGUUUUAUUUUUCUCGGUAGAUUGGAUGUUCGAUUUAGCGAAAUGAAUUUCUGUCGAUUCUUUUCAAUUGCAUUCUUGUAUAUUUUGCAGGAAAUGUGGAUAAAAUUUUCUGACACAUCUCUCCCUCUCGGUUGCCUUUUGCGAUACAUGGUUUCAUCCUCGAUUUAUUCUUCCGUGAGGAGAUUUUUAUCAAUGUUUCGCAAUCAUUUCUCUCUUUGUUAAAGUUGUCUCAAACGUAUUCUCAAUUGACUGCACGUAACAACUCGUUUGUAAAAUUUCGUAUGAAAAACGUGUGUUGGCCUGACUUUAGAAAGAUUCUUUGACAGAAAAGAGAAACUUUGAUAACGUGCCAUGCGAUGUUCGACAUCAGGAAAAUUUUAACACAAAGAUGAAUAAGAAUAAAAAGAAUGCCACUGAUGCCACUAGUAUAUUUGGUUCUCAAUGGCUCGUUGGAAAUUCUCAGCAUCCUCUCACGAUUAAUGUUCAAUCGCCCAAGAGUGGCCUGCGCAGCAGCAGGUUCGACCCCAUGAAGACCGACGUAGUGAUGCCCGAAAUGCUGGCGUCCGUCGUGCCACCGUCGGAGACCUUCAAUCCUUCCACCGAUAGUUUGCACGCGGCCAUGAGACCGAUCAUCAUGUUGGCUCAAUGCUUCUCCAUGCUUCCGGUGUGCGGUGUCAAUAAGCCGGAUGCUUCGUACCUUCGAUUUACAUGGCGCAGCCCGAAAAUCUUGUACACGGCGAUUGUUAUCCUGACGGUGUUUGUUAUGUCAGUCGGCAACGUUCUACGUUUGCUCACCACGGGGAUAAAUUCUGUGAAAAUGACGACAUUCGUCUUCUACGCCACGGCUGUGGUGACUGCCGUCAUGUUUGUACGAUUAGCGAUGCAGUGGCCUUGCCUAGCGUUAACUUGGGAGAAAUUGGAACGCGAAUUUACCUCCAGGCAUCGGCGAAUUUCAAAGACCACUCUCGCAACUCGUUUCAAAAUUGUAACCACCGUCGUUAUGUUGUUCGCAUUAGUGGAACACACUGCCGCAGUAGCUUCCGCGUACAUCAGCGCGGUGGAGUGCGCCGAGUAUCGCGGUGAAACGGAUAUUGUCGGUACUUAUUUCCAAACGCAAUUCCCUCAGGUCUUCACGAAAAUGUCCUACAGCCUGUGGAAGGGAAUCAUGGUUGAUACUAUAAAUAUUCUCAGCACAUUUUCGUGGAACUUUGUCGAUCUGUUUCUUAUUCUUAUCAGCAUAGCUUUGACGGAUCAGUUCAAGUCUUUAAACAGUCGCCUCUAUUCGAUACGAGGGAAGGCAAUGCCGGAAUGGUGGUGGGCUGAAGCCAGGAAUGACUAUAAUCAUUUGGCAACUCUAACACGCAGGGUGGACUCUUACAUCUCGAGCAUCGUGCUUCUGUCUUUUGCUACCGACUUGUAUUUCAUCUGCAUCCAGUUGCUGUUUUCCUUCAACCCGAUACGCGGUAUCGUACGGAAGAUCUACUUUUGCUUUUCCUUCGGCUUUCUGCUGGCGAGGACAACAGCCGUAUCCUUGUACGCAGCUUCCGUUCACGACGAGUCUCGUUUGCCGGCACCGAUUUUAUACAGCGUCGCUGGUUCUAGUUACAACAACGAGGUCUCGAGAUUCUUGACGCAAGUAACGACAGAUACUAUCAGCUUGACAGGAAUGAAAUUCUUCUCCGUGACAAGGAGUCUUGUGUUAACGGUUGCUGGAACCAUCGUGACUUAUGAAUUGGUUUUGGUACAGUUCAAUUCCGUCCAGCAAGUGGACCAGGCAAACAUUACGAAUGCUUGCGAGUCCUACCCAUUUGACUAACCCGAUAUACACCCUGGAGAAAAACGAAAAGGAUGUUUCACCAGCAUUCUAUCUAGUAUUGUUACAAGACAAUAUAUAUAUAUAUAUACCACAUAUGUAUAUCUAGAUGCGGGGAACUCACCGUCAUCUUCAAGAAUGGAUCAAAGGCACAUACAAAUGUAUUUUUAUCUGUUUAUAAUCUAUCGCAAUAAUUU